UUUUUGCUUAUUGUAAUGGCACUAGUCUCCAGCUUGACUGCUUGAGGCUUCCCAUCGGCUGCUAAUAUAAGUGCACGUGGCGAUCUGAGAACCACGAAAUGGAUCAGCCUUUCUUUCUGCCAUGGGUAAAGGAUGAGAAACAUUAAACGAAAAUACCAGUCCACGGACUGACCUUCCCGUAGUAAAGCUUAAACUAACUCAACAUGUUCAUGGCCUCAGCCCAACAGGGCUUUCUCGCCAGCGCGCUCACUUCAGCACACAGACCCAGCAGCUGGAGGAUUCACAGCUAUUCUGUGAACUUAAUCUCAUGUGGAUACCCAACCAAUGACCACAUCCCCAAGGAUUCAUCCAAGACAACAGAGAAUCAAUUGGCAAAACUGGCGAUCGUAGCGCUUGCAGCUGGGGUUUUGACAUUGGGAUCAGUGCACGAAGCAUCAGCGGCCAAGACAGGCGGCAGAAUCGGCGGCCAGGCGUUUCGGUCUUCGGCACCUCGGUCUUAUUCCCCUAGAAUUGAUAAUUCCAGGAGAAAUGUUUAUAUUAAUCCACCACUCGCUCCGCCACUCAGUGGUGGGUAUGGAUAUGGCUUCGGUGUGCCUUUCUAUGGUGGAUGGGGUUGGUCUCCAUUUUCAUUAGUUGCCCCGGCUCCUAGUGUUGCCAUUGGUUUCGGAGGAGGGUUUGAAGUUUUGUCCUUUAUUUUGUUCCUUGGUGCUAUUGUUGCUGUAGUCAAGAGAUUUGUUGGAUUAAGAACUGAAGAUGAUGAAGACUAUUGACACUAGAUUGUGAUGCUUCUUGUAUAUGUGUUGUCAUAAUGGCUACUAGACAUUUGUGGCUGGGCAAAUCAUUGUCUAUUGAAAAAUUUUAUGUUUUGACUUUUUUGUUUUCUUGAAAUUUCAUGUAAUAUAGUUUAAGCUGUGAGAUUCGUGAAUGCUGUUCAAAACUCAAUUUUGUGGCUGACUUCAUGUCAUUUUAAAUGCAUAAAAGAUGGUAUUAGUGUUGUUGGCUGUUAAA